GGUGAACAAGGAGUACCAGGACCUGUAGGACCUCCUGGAGAUCCUGGACCACCUGCUGUUCUUGGCUUACCUGGUAAUGGUCAAGGCAGCAAAGGUCCUAUAAUUAUACCUAUUGUCGGAGAUCGUGGAGAUAGAGGUAGCCAAGGACAACCAGGAAGCAAAGGACCUGUUGGACUACCAGGACACACCGGAGCUAAGGGAAAGAGAGGACAUCGAGGUGAUCCUGGACCUAGUGGUCGUCCUGGCGAGAUGGAGAACAAGGCUCACCUGGAGCUCCUGGGACCUGAUGGGGAUCAAGGAAUAAAAGGGGAAGAUGGAGAUACAGGACCUCCUGGACCUCCUGGACUUCAUGGACCAAAUGGUUUUCCUGGACCUCAAGGAGACCCUGGAGCAUCUGGUGGACAAGGACCUCCUGGGCCCUCCUGGUCCCUCCUGGAAACCGAGGACCAGCUGUGUGAUCAAGGACCUCCUGGAUCUGAUGGUUUCAAUGGACCUCCUGGACCUCCAGGUCAAGAUGGGUUGAAUGGAAACUCUGGACCUGUAGGAGCUGGUGGAUCUAAAGGUGCUAUGGGAUCACCUGGACGACCUGGAUUGCCUGGAAUUCGUGGACAGACAGGAGAACCUGGAGAUCCUGGACCCAUUGGUCAACCAGGAAGUAAAGGAGGAAAUGGACUUGAUGGAGAUAAAGGUGAUGUAGGAUCUCGUGGAAAACCUGGAAUUAAAGGAAUGACAGGCAGUAAAGGUGCUAUUGGAUCACCUGGAGAUCAAGGUGAUGAUGGCAAAGAUGGUCCAGCUGGAGUACCAGUCCCAAAGGACCAAAAGGACCACCUGGACAUUCAGGUGUCCCUGGAGAUGACGGUAAAGAUGGCGACAAAGGCUUACCUGGACAUAAAGGAGAGAAAGGACCAACUGGGAUAUGAUGGAAAUCCAGGAGGUCCUGGUCCCAAAGGACAACAAGGUGAUCGUGGUGCCCCCGGCUCAGAUGGACCUGAUGGAAUUUCUGGUGUUCAAGGACCACCUGGACCCAAGAGGCAUUUCUGGACCACCUGGACCUACUGGACCUAUUGGUGCUUCUGGAGAAACUGGUCAGAAGGAUCUCAAGGUGCUGAUGGUAAACCUGGUAAUGCUGGUCCUCCUGGACAGCCUGGUGAACCUGGAGAACCUGGUGUCCCAGGAGAGAAAGGAGACAAGGGCAUCCCUGGAAACUUUGGUAAACCAGGACAUCCUGGAAUAAGUGGAGCACCUGGACGAGAAGGAGCUAGUGGAGUGCCUGGAGUACCAGGACCAUCUGGAGCACCUGAGCACCUGGAGACGUGGAAAAAAGGUCCUCUCGGAUCACCAGGACAACAAGGAUUACCGGAGAUAUUGGCCAACCUGGACCUGAUGGACAGCCUGGAAGAGCUGACCACCUGGACAAGCUGGACCACCUGGUUUCCAAGUGCCCCUGGUCAGCCUGGACCUGAGGGACCUCCUGGCCCAGCUGGAGCUACUGGAGAUAGGAUCAACUGGACCUCAGGAGUAACUGGUGGUCCUGGAGCAGCUGGACGACCUGGAAAUACUGGAUCUGCUGGAGAUAGAGGAAAACAAGGACCUGAAGGACCCAAAGGACCUCGAGUGCUCCAGGAAAAGCUGGAAAGCCUGGUCUACCCAGCUCUCAGUCAUCUAAAGGACCUGCUGGACCACCUGGACCAGGAGGUGUUCCUGGAGGUCCAGGAGCUGAUGGUGCAACAGGACCUAAAGGACCUCAAGGACGUCCUGGGGAUGCUGUUAGGUAAACCUGGAGCUGAUGGUCAAAAAGGACGUCAAGGAUCUCUAGGAGAACCAGGACAAAUAGGCGUACCUGGACCACAGGGAGCUAAAGGAUCUCAAGGAAAAUCUGGUCGGCCAGGAAAAGCUGGAGCUAAAGGAGAAAUUGGACUGCCUGGUCUGCCUGGACCAAAAGGAGAUAUGGGUGCCAAUGGUAACAAAGGACCCAAGGGAGUUAAAGGAGCAGAGGGACAAGAUGGACCACUAGGCCCUAAAGGAGUCAGUGGAAACAGAGGAGAUCAAGGUGUGACUGACCUGUUGGUGACCUGUAACCCUGGAGAGAAAGGACAACCUGGACCCCCAGGAUACAAUGGUUUGCCUGGAGAAGAUGGAAAGACGGGAGAACCUGGUACUGAUGGUACACCUGGAGAGCCUGGUAAAGAUGGACCAAUUGUGAGUCAUAUCACAAUCAUAUCUAACAUCUCGUCACUGUUAUAUAGGAGCUCAAGGGUAAAAGUGGUCAAAAAGGAGAUCCAGGUCCUACAAGGACCUAUUGGAUUACCUGGAGAUGUUGGACCUAAAGGAAAUCAAGGACCUCAAGGACUUCAAGGUGUUGAGGGACCAAAGGGAGAAACUGGGUGA